AUGAGAGAUGAAUCGCUCCAAAACCUUCAAGAAAUUUCAAAAAAAUCUAUUGACUAUAAGCUUCUAUGUACUGAUUUUCUGAUUCGUGUAUUCGCGCUUAUUGGUGAUGUUCAGGUACCGUUUACUUUGAAUCAGAGAAUUUUGACUUGUGUCUGGAUAGAGUUUUUUGCUAGCGUGUUUGGAAUCUUCAUCGCCGUUAUUGUGAUGGAGCGGGAUGCUUUGCCAACUUUUCCAGAUGAAGAAGCACUUACAUGUAUCGAGAGAGAGUUGGGACUUCCACUUGAUUAUGUUUAUUCAUCAAUAUCUGCUUCUCCAAUUGCUGCUGCCAGUUUAGGUCAAGUGUACAGAGCUCAGUUGAAGUACUCUGCCAGUUUGUUGCUGUGA